AUAGUGUCAUUAUAAUAUAUUACGUAUCAAAUGCUACAUUUUCUUGUCGUUUUGCUGCGGUCUAGUUUCAACUGUUCGUUAAUCAUCAACCAUGGGGAUCGACUGGGUUUCUCUCUUCUUCUGCUAUUUCUCCGGAAUUCUGCUAUCCAGGGACUUUAUAGUAAUGCCAGGAAGGAAGAAGAAGGCACACGAGGCAAGACUGAGAAGAAAAGGCUUCAUACCUGUCAGACUUAAGGUGAAGAAAAAGAUCGCUGUGCCCAAAGCGACACGAAUGGCGUCGAUUUCCCAGAUGGAGUCGCUAGAAGAGGCGCAGCCGGGAAGUCUGGACGAGUUUCCGUUCCUGUCGGACCCAAAAACGAUGGAGUACAUCGAAGGGUCGCGUACAAUGUUCAUUAUGAGAGGGUUGCCAGGCAGUGGGAAGUCGUCUCUGGCCAAACAGAUUGCGGAUGCUUACGGCAACACGGUAGUCUGCUCUGCUGAUACCUUCCGCUACGUGGACGGGGUCUAUGUCUUCGACAGAACAAAGCUUCAGGAGAGUCAUGAGAAGUGUCGUGAGCUGGCUCGUCUGUCAGCAGACAGCAGCAUCAACGUCCUCAUCAUCGACAACACCAACAUCCGCGUCUGGGAGUUCAAGUACUACCUGGAGAUCGCCAGGCGGAAACAAUACACCGUGGUCCUCGUGGAGCCGCGGACGCCAUGGAAAUGGGACCUCCACGAACUCGCCAGAAAGAACGGCCACGACGUGCCGGAACGGAAGAUCCGGGAGAUGUUGGGACGGUACGAGGUCGCCAUCCCGCUGUACUUCGGUUGGUUCCUGAACGGCGACGACUCGGCGAGGGUUCUGACUGUGGGAGAGCAGGUGCUGAAACAGCUGAGCGAUGUACGAGAGUUUGCAGAGGAGUUCAAGUGCUACAGCGAAUCAGGGACUGGCUCCCUCGACCUGACCAAGUACUUCACUCGAGAGGCGUUCACUGGCAACAAGAACUCCAUCCACUGCACGGCCAUGUUCACCAAGUACGGGAAAGUCCCCGGCUCUGAGGCCUACACCACAUCGGAGAUGGUGGUGAAUUCCUGCGGACAGGUCUUCAGGAUAGAGAUUGUUGGGUUCCUCAUCACCCCGAGGACAUUCGGUGCGAGGGUGCGACUGACUGCGUAUCAGAAAAAACUCUGGGGUCAGGACGAUUAUGAAACAGUGAACCACCAGGGAACACCAGUCCGAGGGAUGAGGUCUCGCAACAUCUCGGGUGAAUCUGAGGGCUGGGAUGGAGGGCUACCUUCCUCCCCAAGCCUGUCCAAUAGGUUUGCUCAGCUGGGUAUUGAGGAAGAGGAGAUAUUUGACGAGGGUGCUGCAGACAAUCUUGCCAACACUGCCACAGAACACGAAUCUGAGGACACUGAACGUGAUUAUAAGUUCUGUCCAACGUGGGGCUUCGGGAGACGAGCCCACAUCACCCUGGGGUGUGCCCCAGGGAUCCCCCCUGUACAGACUGGACUUGACCUUAUAGAGGUCAUUUCAACAGAGGCCAUGACCUCCGACCUCUCAGGUGUAGAGAGCACUCAUGAGAGUGCGGCCUCUGACCUGGAGAGCGUGACCUCUGAACUGUCUCUGAUCUCUGACCCCGGGAGCUUCUCAAUCAAAAAGGGUGAAGCUCGUUGCUAUGGGGAUGGCAGAUGGGUUGUUUACCUGGAUAAGUCCAUUCACGUGGAUGCAAUGUUUUCAGGCUUCUAUUAAGGAGAGGUUUUAUUCUAUACUGUCAAUUAAUUUCAAAGAGUCUGCUCCAAGUUGCAAGAUGUUUAAUCUGAAAACUUAGGGAUAUCCUUUAGAUAAUAUUAAGCAAUCUACAGGAAACUUUAAUGCAGUAAUUAAACACUUCUCUUACAUAAGCAACCCCUCCCCCUUCUAUAUAUGCAGUUUCUUCUUUUAGUGUGUGACUGGCUUUGCUUAUCCUCUUGGCAUUUUUAACUGUUAGUCAGCAACAGUCAAAUAUUCUUCUCUGUGUACUAGUGUACAAUGUACUAAAUGCAGAAUUCAUAUGUAACACCUUAACAAUUCAGGAGAGGGAGGGAGGCAAUACUUGUAACAAGCCAAAGCUGGUAGUAGCAGUAAGAGGCAUAAUUAUAAGGACUCCACUAAUAAAGUUGCUAAGUGAUUGAAAGUUAAUUAUACUAAGAUGCUUUGAGCCAAUGGGAACUAAGGAGUGUGGCAGCUAGGGGUUUUCCACGCAUUUGUAAAUCUACUGUUACCAUGCCAGAUUUGAAAUGUAAAACACGAGAGAAAUUAACCUAGAAAUAUUAUAUAUACUAUAUCUGUAUAUUAAUGUAGAAUGUAGCUGCAGGACAGUUUUGUACUGUGAAUGCAAAAUUUUUUCCAUGAUGUAGAAAAUGAAAUUCAUUUUCUUGGUUCUCAGAUUUUUUUGCAGGAAAAGAAUAAAUAGGGUGGGAAGAAAUAUGAAUCAUAAGGAACAGGCAAUUCCAGUAGCUACAAAAAAGAACAUACCAGAUUGGUUCACAUUUCAAACAAGCAUUGAGAAAAAGAAAAGGAAAAACAAAUAGAAAAAGGGCUCUCUUCAAACUUUUGGUGCCAAAAUAUGAGCAUUUUGGGGUUAACUCAUAGUGUGACCUUUUUUUUUCAGGGAAGUGUUAAAUCUGAGGACCAAGAAUUCUAUAGCCUUAGCAGCCAAUGUACAAAUGUAUAAAGCCAUACAAUGCUUAACAACUAACAGAAAUAACUUUUAAUAUGCUAACAAUACUGACAUUUUUGUGUGUUGAUGAUGAUGAAUUUUGUCCUCUAGAACUUAGUGUAUUGUAGAUUCAUGCCCUUCAAUCAUAAUAUCCUUUCUCU